AUGGCAACAAAGCGGUGGAGACAGUUCACGACAGUGAUCGAAGAGGAAGAUGACCGUGAGAAUGGGGUUAGGAAGAGGAGGACGCUGGUGAGGAAGCUUGAGGAUGAUUUUGAUCGGGUAGCGACGAAGAGUGGGUUGGGGAAGAGUCCUGGCGGUAGUAGCCCACCCAGGCCCCGAAUCUACACUGACAUCAAGUUCAACGGCGAGUGGGUUGUCCCGCCUUCUUCGAUUACUGACCCGUUGAUGGCGUGGGCCAAGUCCGUAGCCGGACUCGGCUUCAAGUGCCUCCGCCUCCAAGGCUGCAUCGAAGGUAACCAGGAUUCAAACACAUCGUCGCAUCCGACACCGAUGGCAACAAAGCGGUGGAGGCAGUUCACGAUAGUGAUCGAAGAGGAAGAUGACUGUGAGGAUGGGGUUAGGAAGAGGUGGACGCUGGUGAGGAAGCUUGAGGAUGAUUUUGAUCGGGUAGCGACGAAGAGUGGGUUGGGGAAGAGUAUGCGAAGGAAGUCGAAGUUUAGUGAAGAGUGUGUGAACAAGUGA